CCCCCUUUUUCCUCUCCUCUACCCUCCCAUUCAUAAAAACUCACUUCCCUCCCCCUCGGUGGUUGCAACAUCAUAUCCACAGCUCUGCGUCCUCGAUCGCAGUCGCCUUUUUAAUGCACCAAGCCAGCGGAGAGAAAAGCGCUGAAAGAGCCGCUCGCCUUUCCUUUUGGAGUUAACGUCUUUGGAAAUACUUAACGCACCACCCGCCACCGAUCUCCGCUUGGACUAUCGAGAGACCUGCGCGCAGACGUCGAGCGUAACGAAGAGAUGAGAAUUGCGUCCUGAUACCCACGUAACACUAAAUGCUGCUUUAAUGUGAAGACGUGCAAGGCACCAGCCGACACAUGGAGUCCAGGGUUCCCCACCACAUUCCCGGAGUGUCUUCUUCUCUUAUCUCUCAGCCUUUGCUGGAUAGUAGAGUGCCCUAUGGUCGUCUUCAGCAUCCUCUCACCAUUUAUCCCAUUGACCAGAUAAAGUCAUCACAUGUGGAGAAUGACUACAUUGACAGUCCAGCUGUUGUGGCUCAGCAGCCUGUGAGCCAGAAGUCUGCAAACCGAAGAAUCACCUGGCUUGGUCAAAAUCAGGAGGCCUUCCUUGGGGCCAACCAUAAUCAUCACCACAAUCAUCAGCUCCAUCAGCAGGGCCGGUGUGAGUCUCACCCUCACCCAGACACCACCACCCACCCCUGGAUCUCCUUCAGUGGCAGGCCCAGUUCUAUUAGCAGCAGCAGCAGUACCUCUUCCGAUCAGCGGCUGUUGGACCAUGCAGCACCGACGCCGACGGUGGAUCACCACCCAAACUCAAACCAUCACCAGGGCCCCCUCAACACCGUCACAACCCGAACUCCUGGUUGUUUCUCUUCCACUGAAACUAAAGUCCUGACCUCCUCUUCCUCUGCUUCCUCCUGCUCCUCUUCCUCAAAAUCACUUGACCUCAAGUCUGCAAAGGUUCCUGCUGGAGGCGUGUGCUCCACUGGGGUUCAACAAGGACUGGCGCUUAUCCCUUCCUCUCCAACCGAAAAGAAGCACCUGUUUGUCUGCGAGCAUUGUGGGAAGUGUCGAUGCACUGAGUGCACGCUCCCCCGAGCCUUACCCUCCUGUUGGGUCUGCAACCAGGAGUGCCUGUGCUCGGCUCAGAGCCUGGUAGACACAGCCACCUGCAUGUGCCUAGUCAAAGGGAUCUUCUACCACUGCACCGAGGACGAGGACGACGAGGGCUCCUGUGCCGACAAGCCCUGCUCAUGUUCACAAGCCAACUGCUGUGCACGCUGGUCUUUUAUGGCCGCCCUCUCUGUCGUCCUGCCAUGCCUAAUCUGCUACCUUCCAGCUACGGGACUGGCCAAGCUGGGACAGAAGUGUUAUGACAAUGUUAGCAGGCCUGGCUGUCGCUGCAAGAACUCGCAGGCUGGCAUGAGCAUCCCUGUCAGUAAAAAUGGAGGGGUGGAAGCAAACGUUGGGACAGAAAAGCAGCAGCAGGGUUCAUGAUAGUGGACUCAACUAGCUGGCUGUGGCCUUGCAAGAAAAUGGACAGGACCCCACUUGUUUGGUUAACACGGACUGGACAAGGCAACACCACCCCAUUAAACCACCAUAUUUAUCUGCUGGAACAUGACUAUUAAAACAAUGGUACUUAAAUGGUUUCUUGACCUAUGUUUGAUAGCAUGAAUGAUUAAAAUGGGCCAUUUAAAAGUGGAACAGCUAACAGGUUUGGUGAGAGAUUUGUUUUCAUGUUCUAUAAGGGUGACGACAAGAAGAGACCAGAUUGUGUGGCCUUGUGUUUGGGUUUUAAAGAAAAUGGCUGAAGGCACAAAGUCGUACCUCUCUGCUGCUCAAUACUUUCCAGCUAUUUUUUGUAAUGCCAAGUAAACAGAAACUGGUUGCUGAUCCUCAGAUUUCAAAAGGUAUUCAACCCCAGCCAUCUAGAAAAGCACAGCCCAGUGUCAGUCAGGAAAGCAAGUGGUUAACUGUUGAAUACUGUGGCUUUUAUGAUGGGCCAUUACAAGAGACAACUUCCUCUCAAAAGUGAUUUUUUCACCAUCUUUUAAUUUUGCAGUUAUGCUAAACGAGGCRAGCUUGGUAACAUUUAUCUCUAGAUUGUUCUUUGAACAGGGGGAUCUGUGAAAGCAAUCCUUUUUAGACCUAAUAUAACAGUAAUUUUCCACAUUUCUUUCAUCUUUUUGUGUGCUACAAGUGAGAAAUAAUCAAUUUACAGUUGUUUUUUUAUUCUUUUUAUGGCUGGUAAAGCUUAGACCUUCUGAAAUAUUUUGAAUGCUGUUCACUGCUCCACCUCAGAUGUAAUGCAUGUGACGAUCUGCAUGCUCUAGUCUAAUGGUUAACCACCGUGCUAGAAGUGGAUUUGUGGUAGAGAAACAUGUAAAAAAAAAAAAAAAAAAAAAAAAAAAAAAAAAAAAAAAAAAAAAAAAAAAAAAAACAACCAACCUUCUCAGGGAUUGUUAUACAAUAAUCUCCUCUUGAACUUGGCCUACUGCAUGUUGAAUUUUAAAACUGCCUACAAGAGCCUGGUCUGCUUCCUCUUUGCACAAAAACGGCAAAGAAAACAUUUAAGAGGCGAAAGAGGCAAUAGUGAAUAAUUUAAAACACGCAAGCUAAGUGAGAGGCAAAUGGGCCAUAGAACUUUGUUUUUUUUUCCAAAGGAGAGAGGGAUGCAGGUGAAGAGGGUCAAGCUGAAGGUAAAGGUGAAGAGGAAAAGAUUAGAAAAAGUUAUUGUGUUUGUAUCCAGUCAGCCUUUGUCAAUAUCAAACCUGCCACUUGCACAACCUUGUUUUUAGGACCCCUCUUAAAGGAUGUACUAAAGCACAGUAUUAACCACCUACKCAAUCUUGUAUUACUUUGGCCUUCACUACAUUUACUCCACUCACACAUAUACACCCAUCCACCUCGACGCACAUCUGUGUCUUCAUGAAAGUCAAAUCAGUAUGCUGCAUAGCUGAUUGUGUGAAAUAGUCUCUCUUUUACUCUUAAAGUCUAUUUUUGUGAAUUGCAUGAUGUUCUUAGGAAUUUGCCAAAGGAUGCUAUUAUACAGUAGCAUGUUUUCACAGUCUAAGUGACCACAGUUGUUAUGAUGACAUUUUGCCAAAUAGAUAACAGUGGCAGGUUGUUAAAGGUGAAUUGCCCUUUAAUACAGGUGGCUGUUUCCAUUUGGCAUCAUGGCAUAUUUGCUUUGAGGCUCCAUAACCCACAAGUUGGACCCUUAUCUUCCACUAGGGUACCUAACUUUGCUCAUACUUGUAUUUGGCUUUUUGCAGAAAGCUAAUAUCAUUCAGAAAAAUAGGAGAGCAGGAAAAUCCACAUGUGGUCCUUGGUAUUGAAUGUACGAGGCAAUAUUUCAAAAAACCUAGCAAUUCAGUCUGAGAUAGGUGCCAAAACUGAGAGCGAAUGUGUGCCUGGGGGAAGGUGGGGCAGCAAAAAUCACAAAUGUUUUGACUAUAUAUUUAGUAAUAGAGCUAUGAAGGUGAAAUGUUAUUUGCUGUAAAUAGUUUCACAACAUUUGUGUUCUUUAGAAGAGACUUUUAAAUGUCCUCGGAAGAUUGCAUGGUACAUUAUAACCACAAUUCAGUACAAACUAUAUAGAGACUAUAUUAGAUAUAUAUUUUGAGGGUAAGAAUAAGAUGUUUUUGAGGAAAAUGAGUGCAGUAGAAGGAGGGUUCGAGAAACAAAAUUACUUUAUACCACUUGCACUUGAUUUAGAAAAGUGUGCCCGGCAAUAAUAAAGAAGUAGAAAAAAAUCUCCUGCUGAUUAUGCUAUCCAUGGCUCAUUAGCAGUCGAGAAGCUAAGCUAAUUCCCUCUCUGAGUCCUAAAGACAUUGGAUUCAUUGAAUCCACACUGCGAACACAGUCUACCCUGAUCAACCCGUUCUCUGCUCCUUUUUUCAUUCAUGCAUUUCUUCCUUCCUUCCUUUCUUCCGUGGGAAAUAGUCCAACAAACACCCCUGGCCUGCCUUGAUUGACAAACACAGCUGCUGUUCAUGAACUUGUCAUACCACAGAGACAGAAGAGACACACACGUCUGAUACUCUCWCCCCUUUUGCUUUCUUGACGUUUUUUACCCUCUUCUCACCUUUGUUUUUACCUGGAGUUGUGUUGAUCUUUAUCACCGGUUGGACCUCUUUCUUUUCAACAACUGCUGCCUUUCUUUGUAGAUCUUUUUACUAUUAUGUGCUCAAUGGCCUGUUCAUGGUGUGAAAAAAACAUCGCCAACAACUAUAUUGAAAUUAAAUCUGUUGUUUAUUUUCAGUUCUACAUACCAAUGUCACCUGGUUUAUAUUUUUCMCAUAAAAGGAAAACUAUCAUACAGUUGCUACUCCAUUCCUUUGUACCUUUCCAAUGACAUUGUUGGGGAUUGAGAAAUGAGAUUUGUGCUUUUUUGUUGGUUUGUUUGUUUAGAUAUUACAAAAAGAAAAAAAUUCUCAUAUAAAAGGUUCCCUUUAUAGAUAUAUUUAUUUUGAAGUUCUAUUUUAUAUAGUAUUUAUUUAGAUGCCAACUUUUUGUUUGUGAAGAAAGCUUAUGUUGAAAUGGAAUGUACAUUGACAAUGGAAAUAUAUAUUGUUAAAUAUA